AUGGUGAAAGUGGAAACGUUGGGGUUACCGAGUCUGAGUAUUGCCGAAAUCGCUGAUUUAUGGCAUAAACAUCACGACCUCAACAUGGAGAUAAUUUUAUACAGAAAGAAUGAUCAGGAUUUGGGAUAUUAUUGUAAAAGGCGACAAGAAGGCAGCUUUAAUUCAAGCGAAGAAAAAGAAACUCUGCGAUACAAAUAUGAGGAUUUCCAGAAAAUUCGACAAGAUGUUUUUGACUAUUCCAAUAAGUUGACUUUGAGAUGUGCCAAUGCCAAAGCCUCAGCUUCUGUUUUCUGGCAGAAGAAUUCCAUGUACGAUGAGUUAAUGAAAAAUGUUCGAGUUCUGCUGGGGCGCCCCAUCAACAUCCAAGUUCUCGAAUCAGUCAAAGACCUCCACGAGAAAAUUCGUAAAAGUUUAGGAGUUGCUAUUAGGGAGAGCAGAAAUUUGCAAAACAUUUGUCGUGAGGAGGACGUUCACAUUCUCCUUAAACUUAUUAAGCGACUGCAAAUCCAGGAGCAACGGCUGGGCGACAGGGUCAAAGAAAAGGCUGCUGAAUUGACGUCCGUCGCAUUAAAGGAGGAAAUUGCACAGCGCUGCAGACCAAUCAUGGAGGAAAUUAAAAAAGUUUUGUGUACGCUCUGCGAGGACGGGGACAAAGAGUGGGCUUUAAAAUGUGGCCACAUGUACUGCACAGAAUGCAUUUCCAGCCUUGAAAGUAGCAGAACUACAGAAGGAAUCCCUUGGGUGGACGAAAGUACUGGAGAGUUUCAAGUGUUCAAUUAUGUGUCAUUGCCUAAAGAAUGCGCAUUUUGUAAAGGGUCCCUGGAAGGAAAGAUAAAGUUGUUCUUUUAG